UGACAGGUCACGUGCUGGUGUGAUAAAGGAGCCGCGGUGCAUGAUGGGAGACCGUCAGCCAUUUCACCUCAAACUCUGUCAGGCAGUAAAAAGCCGCUGCAGUGGAAUUAUAAAAUCUUUGUAAAUACUCGACAGGUGAUUGUGUGAAAGUAUGGCUCGUACUAAGCAGACCGCCCGUAAAUCCACUGGAGGAAAAGCCCCUCGUAAGCAGCUAGCGACUAAAGCUGCCCGUAAGAGUGCCCCCUCUACUGGAGGAGUCAAGAAGCCCCAUCGCUACAGGCCCGGUACCGUGGCUCUGCGUGAGAUCCGUCGGUAUCAGAAGUCCACUGAGCUGUUGAUCCGCAAGCUUCCGUUCCAGCGUCUGGUCCGUGAAAUCGCUCAGGACUUUAAAACCGACCUGCGGUUUCAGAGCGCUGCCAUUGGUGCCCUGCAGGAGGCCAGUGAGGCGUACCUGGUUGGUCUGUUUGAGGACACUAACCUGUGCGCCAUCCAUGCCAAACGUGUGACCAUAAUGCCCAAAGACAUCCAGCUGGCACGUCGCAUCCGUGGAGAACGUGCUUUGUGUGACAGUAUGGCUCGUACUAAGCAGACCGCCCGUAAAUCCACUGGAGGAAAAGCCCCUCGUAAGCAGCUAGCGACUAAAGCUGCCCGUAAGAGUGCCCCCUCUACUGGAGGAGUCAAGAAGCCCCAUCGCUACAGGCCCGGUACCGUGGCUCUGCGUGAGAUCCGUCGGUAUCAGAAGUCCACUGAGCUGUUGAUCCGCAAGCUUCCGUUCCAGCGUCUGGUCCGUGAAAUCGCUCAGGACUUUAAAACCGACCUGCGGUAGAGCGCUGCCAUUGGUGCCCUGCAGGAGGCCAGUGAGGCGUACCUGGUCGGUCUGUUUGAGGACACUAACCUGUGCGCCAUCCACGCCAAACGUGUGACCAUAAUGCCCAAAGACAUCCAGCUGGCACGUCGCAUCCGUGGAGAACGUGCUUAAACAUCUUUCUCUUUAUACCUGUUCUUCUUGUCUUCAACCUCCUUCUCUUUGUCUCUCUCUUUAUUAUUUUGCUGUUUAUUGGUAGUUUUAGAGCGUCAGUCAUGGUGGUGGUGGUGGGGGGUGAUGUAUGUGGUUGUUUCUGUUUUUUUGGCAGCAGACUAUUAAGGGUGCUUCUUGUUUGCAUGUACCAGCGUGUACCUGAUCAGCCCCAAACACACACAAACACACUCUCUGUCUAUAUGACAUGAGUGAUGAUCAAAUAGAUUUUAGACAGGGUCAGAGGUCAGGGCUGAGUCUGCGUUUAGGGGUUAAAGGCCUCUUGUGCAAGGUGCUAGAACAGCCCUGAUCCAUCCCAGAAUCCCACAGACUGUUGGUACUCUAAUGAAUAUGCGUCUGUGUUUGGGGCUGUCAUUGGGCACAGUGAUUUGUAUACAAGCAUCUCUCCAGCAAAUGUUUAUUAUUGCUAUAUUAAGAAUUGAAUGAUUAAUGUUUGUUUCUUUUUUUUAAACGCAUUAAUAAAAGCUUGUUUCGUAAAGCUAAAGCAUAUUUUUCAAAGAAGAGAAAAUUCAAGAGGUGGAGAUUCCUAUAAAUAAAUUUUUACAUUGCAAAUUAUUUUUGUUUUCUAAAAGUUAAAAUUCAGAUUAAAUACGUGUGAAGGGAUAUUACCCAUAAUUCUGUUCCACCUCUCUGUGUGCGUUCUGAUUGGCUCCAGGGCAUAAGUUUGCCUGUUUAUUGGGACUUUUAAUAGGAAAUUGCUUAAGUAAAUAAAAAAUACAUGGACUUGAUACUGUUUCUCAGUUUUGCCAAGUGACUGUUUAAUUUUGAAUAUAUUAUUAUUAUUAUUAAAAGAACAGAAGUUUUUUAAUCCACAUCUCCGAGCACUGAUGUGAUUCUUCAGGCAGAUGUGUAUUUCUGCUUUAUUUGGUUUGUUUAUUUGUUUUCUUCAUUGACUACAAAAUAUUCAGGUGUUGUUUAAAUAAAAUGAUCUUUGUAAUUUGACAAUACUCCUAUUAUGUAAUAAAUGGAUGUCACACACA